AAGAAGCUUAUUCCAUUCUAUCCGAUUCCAAUAAGAGAUUCCUGUACGACGUGGGAGUUUAUGACAGCGACGAUGACGAAAACGGAAUGGGUGACUUUGUAGACGAGAUGGUUCACAUGAUGAAGCAGACGAAGCCCAAUGAUAAUGACCAGGAAAGCUUCGAGGAUCUACAAAAGCUGUUUAUGGAUAUGUUUGAGGACGACCUUGAUCCCAGCAGGUUUAGCUGCGGUUGGGUUCCCGCUGCGAAUACGAUGGCGGCUUCCUCGAGUAAUGGCUAUUGCAAUGCUGAAACAGUUGAUUGCAGCGGCGGAGGAAAACGUCGUGGCUCUGUUCUGGUCUCGGCUUCCGGCAAGACAAAGCUGCAAGAGUUUGAUGGUGGAUCUGCUGGUUUCUGCUUCGGGACCAACGAGGCAAUGCCGUCUUCGGUUGGCAGAGGAAGCAACAGGAGGAAUGGGAGAAAACAGAAGACAUCAUCGAAGCACGAUCUCUCUUCCAAUGACACUGAGAUUUCUGCUUGAAAUCCGACGUUUCAAUUUUAAUUAUAAUUGCAUAUUCUGUCUUUCCUUCGUUUAAUGUGUAGGUGCUAAGGGGGAAGCUGCCAAUGUUGAAUUGUUGGGUAUUGUUUUGAUAUCUCCAUUUAAACAUUUGGUGUUUUCCAGUAGACUUCAACAUGGGUUAUGAUUUGUUGUUUGAUGUGUCUUACUUGAGUCUUAUUUGUAGUCUGUUUC